ACCAUGUCCCGCGUCACACCCUAUCACCCCCUACCCCAAAAACUACGCCAACAACUCCAAUAUCAACCCUUCAAACUUCAAAAACCAAACCCUCUCUCUCUCUGUUCGGUGUUUGCUAAGAAAAAAAGAAUAUCAAAAAACACUUUAUCUUUCUCUCUCUAGCUUUACUUUUUUCAUCUUUUUGUUCAACCAUGAAGAAGCUCUACCAUAAAGCGACGGUUCAUCCAACCCCACCGGUUAUCACCGACCAACUUUCCUUCCUUCCGGCAACCAUCCUCACCCUAGCAGCUGCUCUCUCAACCGAAGACAGAGAAGUCUUGGCUUACCUCAUCUACUGUUCAUCCGCUGCAACCCCUACCGGCAACCCAAAACGGAGCACCGUUAGGAACACCGAUCAUGUUACUCUCUUCAACUGUAGUUGUUUCCGAUGCUACACGAGUUACUGGGUCAGAUGGGACGAGUCGCCGAAUCGUGAACUCAUACAUGAAAUCAUCGAUGCUUUUGAGGAGUGGCUGGCUCAGAGUAAUAAAGGUGAGAAGAAAGGGAAAGGAAAGAAAGAGAAGAGAAACAAGAAAGGGUUUGGGAAUAAGCGCUAUGGUCAUACUCAUUCCGGUGUGUUGAAUCGGUCUUUGGUGAACGAGUCGACUCAGAUGGAAUCGGUGGGGGAUAGUAGUAAUAGUGUUAUUAGUAGCGGUUGUGGUGGUAGUGAAAGUGGUGAAAGGGUGGUUGUUGUUGUUGGUGGUGAUGAAUAUGAAGAGAAAGGGUCGGUGAGAAAAUUUAUGAGUUUCAUUGGAGAAAGGAUUUGGGGUGUUUGGGGAUAGUGAAUGAAUUUGCAAGAGAAAAAAUAAUGAAGAAAAUUUGAAGAAAUUAAGGUAGGUCUAGCAUAUGUUUUUUCUUUUGUUGUUAAAAUCUUCUUGUAUAUUAAUCAUCACUAUGUAAUGUUAAAAAAAUGUUUAUUUGGUUUUGUGAUGAAUGGAUUAGAUUUUGUUGUUUAACA